AAUGCCGGUAGCUGAUUUAAUUCCAGGCAUGUCGAAAGCAACAAACGCAGCAAACUAUAUUUUCUGGCUUGAGCAGCUCGAGCCCACCAUUCGAGAGACCGAAGAGAAUCGCGAGAGUGGGCCAGGAGACUUCAAGUCGCUUGAGUUGGACAACUUGCAAUUCUCCUAUCCAAUGAGACCAAACGCCCGAGUUCUUCGUGGCAUUGACCUUCAUAUCAAAGAGGGACAAUUUGCUGCAUUCGUCGGAGCAUCUGGAUGUGGGAAAAGCACCAUGAUCAGUAUGCUUGAGCGCUUCUACGACCCGAUUGCCGGUCAUAUCAAGAUUGAUUCCAGAAAUCUGGAUACACUGAACCCAUGGCUAUAUCGCAGUCAAGUUGCGCUUGUACAACAGGAGCCGACGUUAUACCCUGGGACAAUUCGCGACAAUGUGUCCCUGGGAGCGCCAGUAGAAAGCAAAUCCAUGGCUUCUGAUGACGAGAUCGAGGCUGCCUGUCGCGCUGCUAAUGCUUGGGACUUUAUCUCGUCUCUGCCAGAUGGUCUUGCGACCCCCUGCGGAACCAACGGCACGCAGCUUUCCGGAGGACAGCGCCAGCGCCUUGCGAUAUCUCGAGCCCUUCUGCGGAAUCCCAAGUUGCUGCUUCUGGAUGAAGCGACUAGUGCACUGGAUACGCAAUCAGAGCGGAUUGUACAAGAUGCGCUGAAUCAAGCGGCUGCACAGGGCGAUCGGAUGACAGUGGCAGUCGCCCAUCGCCUCUCUACCAUCCGUCACGCGGACAUUAUUUGUGUUUUCGAUGGGGGCAAGAUUGUCGAGUCUGGCACGCAUGAAGAGUUGCUGAGAGUGGGGCGAUUGUACCCCAAGAUGUGUGAGGCUCAAAAUCUUGGCACCUGA